CUGAGUUACACAGAAAAAGUGUCAGUGAGGAAGGCUUCAGGUGUGUAUGCAAGAUGAAUGCAGGGGAGACCAACGUGAUGCAUUUGUUUGCCGUGGUUUUUGCUUUGAUGCUUGUCGAUAGUGGCCAGUCUUUGACUGUGGCGGACUGUGGCACUUACUACAGACGCCCAGAGUACACUGAUAUCUCUGUGGACUGUGGAACCACCACGAUACAGUUGGCAGUGCAGGCCUGCCCUGUCAUUUACACUGGCUACAACGAGUCCCUGCUGUUACUGAACGGCAGGACGGACCCGGGCUGCGAGGGGAUUCUGGACGCCACUGUGAUGCCGCCAGUGGUGCGGUUCCAGUUUCCCCUCAACCAGAGUAACUCCUGUGGAAGUGAAUUCAUCACUACAAGUGCAGUAGGCACUGGGGUUUUCUCAGACUUCUCCAACAUCCAGACGGUCAACAUUAGCGGUUUGAUUCGAUCAUUUGACCCGACAGUGGGCCAAGUGACCUACAACGCCGAGCUGAAGUAUUUGUACUCCUGCUCCUACGCACUGGAGUACCUGAUCAACAACACGAAGAUUGAGGUGGCAUCAGCCUCCAUUGCAGUGAAGGACAACAAUGGCAGCUUCAUCAGCACGUUGAGCAUGCAGCUGUAUGAGGAUAGAAACUACACUACCCUCAUGGUCAUGUCGCCACUGGGCAUCGAGCUGAAGACUAACAUAUAUGUGCUUGUGAAGGCCACCAACUUGACGUCCCAGUACAACGUGCUCCUGGAUCGAUGCUAUGCCUCCAUGAAUCCCCAUCCCUACAACUCCACCUUCUUCAAUCUCUUUGUUGCGUGUAACAGGGACAAGCUGACGACCAUGCUGGAGAAUGGUCAAAGCCAAAACGCCAGGUUCACCUUCCCAGCUUUCCGUUUUAUGGAGCAGCAGAACCAGACCGUUGCUACCUACUUUCUGCACUGCAUUACCCGGCUCUGUGAGAAGACCACCUGUGCACAGUUCCAGAACUGCCGCAGGAGAAAGAGGGACGUGGAGAGCACUUCCCCCCCUUCAACAGGCAUCUCUGACUCUACCACCAUCACGUCCCCACCUAUCGUCACCAGGGCAGAGAGCGUGCUAUCAUCAAAGGAACAGGCAUCGUACAGCAAGGAAGAUGAUUCCAAGACCUCCAUGGGCCUGGGAAUAGCAGUGGGUAUUCUGGUUCUGGCUUGUAUUGGUGUGGCUGCCACAGCCACCAUCCUCUACAAGCACUACAGGGUGCAUUCCGGAACCUCCAAGCCGUUCCACAGCUAGAUACCAACCAGGUCGUCCCCCGAGGAGCUCCUUGCACACUCUAUUGGCAUGCCUGUCUUAAAAUGACUGAGCUAACAACUCAUACCUUCUUAUCCUCAGCAUCAAUGUCUUUACUUUUUAGAGCUACUUCAUUGAGUCCUAUAGUCCUGUUAAGUUUAGCAUGUUAAGUUUAGUAUGUCUCCAUAUUAAAAAGUUUACCUGGAAAGCAUUAAUGCAUCUUACUCGAAAGAUGUUGUUGCAUCUUACUUGAAGGACACUGCACUCGUUAUCUCAGUUAUUGGGAAACAUGUCAUAAAUGUUAAAUUCAUAUCAUGUUUUAUGUUGCGGAAAAACUGCAAAGAAUCUUUUUGACAAAAGAAAAUGGGGGGGGGGGGGUAUGGUUAGAUCUGUUUAGAAAUGCAUGUUUUAUUCAUUAAACGGUACUAUUAUGUUUGAAAUCAUUUUAAAUAUAUCAAACUGAGCUUUAGUAGGACAAUUAACCAAGCAUUUUGUAGUAACAUUAAAUUAUAUGACUUUUCUGCACUGGCCUCUGUGUAUGGCAAAGGCGUUUUGAUUUUAUUUACAUUUUAAAACUGUUUCCUUAUACAAAUUGUGUAUAUUCCCAUAAUAUCCAAAUACGAGCACCGGCAUCAUUAAAGGUUACAGGAACGAAAA